AGGGUCAAAAAAAAGAACAGCCGCCCCAGCCGGCCAAGAAGCCGAGUCGCGCACACGUCUGCCGCCGCCCGGCCGCCCGCCCCCAAAGCCCAAACAGCCAAGAUUUGCCAAGUCAUUGCCCCCAAUUCCUUUCCCCUCCGCUGCGAACCAAGCCUCGGCGACCAUCGGACCAUGGCCGCCUCCUCCCUCUGACCCCGCCGCCCGCCUCGAUCCAUGAGACUUCCCGAUCUUGCUGCGGCCCGAGGAUGUCCCAGCGCGACGUCGACUACAGCUGCGGAUCUUGCGGAUACCCUCUAAACCUUUCAUCUUCUAACCGAAGCACAUCUGAAGUAGGCUCCUCAUAUAAGAAGUCUCUGAAGAAAGAGCUACCUGACUGUGCUUUGGACGCUCUGAGAAUGUCUGGGUCAUCUAUGCGAUCCCUUUCGUUGUAUUGCUGUUCUGGUAUAACAGAUGAUGGUCUAGCACAGGUGGCGAUUGGAUGCCCAAAUCUGGUGGUUGUUGAACUUCAAAGCUGCUUUAAUAUUACUGAUGCUGGUUUGGAAAGUCUUUCAAAGGGUUGCCAUGCUUUGAAGAGUCUAAACCUUGGUUCUUGCACAGGCAUUUCAGACCGAGGGGUUUCUGCAAUCUUUAGCAAUUGCUCAAACAUCUGCACACUAAUCAUUACUGGUUGCAGACGUCUGUCUGGUGUUGGAUUCAGAGGUUCUCCAAGUACACUUCAUUUUCUUGAAGCUGAAUCUUGCAUGCUUUCUCCAGACGGUUUGUUGGACGUAGUUAGUGGUGGUGGACUUGAGUAUCUAAACUUGCACAAGUUAGGAAGCUCAACUGGGCUGGAUGGCCUGGGUGGCCUUGCUUUUGCUAGAAGCCUCCGCAUUCUGAACCUCAGGAUGUGUCGCUACCUCUCAGAUGAUUCUGUGAUGGCAAUAGCCAGUGGGUGCCCAUUUCUUGAGGAGUGGAACCUUGCUGUCUGCCAUGGGGUCCAUUUACCUGGUUGGUCUGCGAUCAGAUUGUAUUGCAACAAGCUGAGAGUUCUGCAUGUGAACCGCUGCCGAAACAUCUGUGACCAGAGUUUGCUGGGCCUUGGGAAUGGUUGUCCCCGCCUUGAAGUUCUGCAUAUAAAUAGCUGUGUCAAGAUUACCAACAAUGGCCUGGAUUUAUUUACCAUUUCCAGGCCCCAAGUGAACAUAAGGGUGGAUGAAGUUAUGUCCAUUGGUCCUUCCAUUGAGAAUUUGUUUCGGGUGCAAUGAUGAGAGAUUGUAGUUAGAUUUAAGUUUGGGCUUACAAGUUCUAGCCCGUCUUAUUACAGGUGAUUGGUUCUGCAGCCAUUAUGCUGCGCAUUGUGUUUGCUCAGGUGCAUACUUAUUUCUUCGUUGUAAGAUAUCAUACUGAAGUGUGCUGUGGCCUGAACAAUAUAUAGAUGCAAAUGAGUUGAACUUAUGUAAGGUGUACUUUGGUUAUUAGUAUGCUCUGACUGUGGUUUACUGGUGAAAUAGAUUGCUUGUGUUUCUGUUUA